AAAAAAAAAGUACAUUGCUUAAAAAAUCUAAAUCGUGUGAAGUAGUUCAAAUAUGGUUCACAGAGGCACUCAUUCAAUAUAUUAACAAGAUUUAGUCAUAUUCCCAGCAAAAAUGUACCCUCAGCCUAUAUCCUUUCGUUUUUUGGUUUUUAUUUGGUAAAACCUUCACGACAACGGUCAUCAAUGGCGCUCAAAACCCUCUCAACCUUUCUUUCUCCUCUAACUUUACCGCAUAGCUCCAUAUUCAACCCCAGAAUUCCUAAUUCUUCCUAUACAAAACCCACUAUCAUACUCUGCAGAUUACCGCAAUCACAGCAGACACAUAAUAAUAAAACACCACUCGCAGCAGAGAACCAGUUACCGGAACCCAGACCCGCGACGGUGGGAACGGGGGCAGCCGCUCCGACCCCUGGGGACCGGUUCCUCGAACAUCACCGUUCCGUUGAGGUUGCGAAGCUCAUUGUCAAGGAGAAUAAGAAGAAUAAAAAAAAGAAAGAGAAGCCCUUGAAGGUUUCAACGGCUGUAGCUUGUUGUUAUGGAUGUGGGGCUCCGCUACAGACUUCGGAGAAAGAUGCUCCGGGCUAUGUGGAUUCAGAGACCUAUGCAUUGAAGAAGAAACACCACCAGCUUAGAAGUGUUCUAUGUGGGAGGUGUAAGCUUCUAUCUCAUGGGCACAUGAUUACUGCUGUCGGUGGAAAUGGAGGGUAUUCUGGUGGGAAGCAGUUCGUCAUGGCCGAACAGCUUCGGGAGAAGCUGGCUCACUUGCGCUAUGAGAAAGCAUUGAUUGUUAAAUUGGUUGACAUCGUGGACUUCAAUGGUAGCUUUUUGGCUCGUGUGCGUGAUCUGGUUGGUGCAAAUCCUAUUAUAUUAGUAGUUACAAAGGUAGAUUUGCUUCCAAAAGGAACUGAUUUCAACUGUGUUGGUGAUUGGGUUGUAGAAGCCACUACAAAGAAGAAUCUUAAUGUUUUGAGUGUUCAUCUAACAAGUUCAAAAUCUUUGGUUGGAAUAACUGGAGUUGCAUCAGAGAUCCAAAAGGAGAAAAAGGGACGGGAUGUUUACAUUCUGGGCUCAGCUAAUGUUGGAAAAUCAGCAUUCAUCACAGCUUUACUGAAAUUGAUGGCACAAAAGGAUCCAGUUGCUGCAGCAGCUCAAAGAUACAAACCAAUACAAUCUGCUGUUCCUGGAACUACCUUAGGGCCCAUUCAAAUCAAUGCUUUCUUAGGAGGAGGGAAAUUAUAUGACACACCAGGAGUUCAUCUCCAUCAUAGACAAGCAGCAGUGGUUCAUUCAGAAGAUCUCCCUGCACUUGCUCCUCAAAGUCGGCUAAGGGGUCAACCUUUCCCUAAUGUGCAGGUUCCCUCAGAAAAUGUGGCAGCAAGCAAGUAUAGAUCCAGUGAUUUGAAUGGUUGUUCAUUAUUUUGGGGAGGUCUUGUCAGAAUAGAUGUCUUGAAGGUUCUUCCAGAAACACGCUUGACAUUCUAUGGGCCAAAAAGUCUUAAGAUUUAUAUGGUACCCACUGAUAAGGCCGAUGAAUUUUACCAGAAAGAAGUUGGAGUUCUAUUGACGCCUCCAACUGGAAAAGAAAAGGCAGAUGACUGGCAAGGACUAGAAACAGUACGUCAAUUGCAAAUCAAAUUUGAAAAUGUGGAAAGACCUGCUUGUGAUGUGGCUAUAUCAGGGUUAGGAUGGAUAAGUGUAGAACCCAUGAACAGAUUGGUUAAGGGUUCUGAGUCAAAUUCAGAACAAGCUGCUGGGGAACUGCAUUUAGCUGUUCAUGUCCCUAAGCCUGUUGAAAUUUUUGUUAGGCCACCAAUGCCAGUGGGCAAGUCUGGAGCGCAGUGGUACCAGUAUAGGGAGUUAACUGAGAAGGAAGACGAAGUUCGACCAAAAUGGUAUUUUUGAUGAUUGUGAUUCAUAAUCUUUAUAUUUGUAACAAGUUUUCUUCUUCUUCUUUUUUUCUGUAAAGAAAAAUAACAAAAUCCCAAAUAGGAAGUGAAAAUGGAAGAACAAAAAAAUGUGUUGUAUUGAUGUAAAAUGAUUGUGAUUCAUGAUUUACAUUUUGCUAUUGCUGCAAAAUGUUGAUUAUAAACGUCCGCCUUGGAAGAA